UCAGAUACACACCAGGGUCCCAUCCCACGCGCGGACGCACCGUUCCACCCAAGACUCGAACAAGCCUGCAGGACCCGUCGUCGGCUGUAGCGGCGGCGAUGGACGGCGGCGGCGACGCGCGGGGGCAGCCGAUGCUGGGGAAGCGGCCGAGCCACCGGGAGCGGCACUUCACGGCGGGGGAGGUGGUGCGCGACGUCAUCAUGGGCGUGUCCGACGGCCUCACCGUGCCCUUCGCCCUCGCCGCGGGGCUCUCCGGCGCCAGCGCGCCCUCCUCGCUCGUCCUCACCGCCGGCCUCGCCGAGGUCGCCGCCGGCGCCAUCUCCAUGGGCCUCGGAGGGUACCUCGCGGCCCAGAGCGAGGCAGAUCAUUACAAGCGGGAGAUGAAGAGGGAGCAGGAGGAGAUCAUCGCCGUCCCAGACACCGAGGCUACUGAGAUUGGAGAGAUCAUGUCGCAGUACGGGCUCGAACCGCACGAAUAUGGCCCUGUUGUGGACGGACUCCGCAGGAACCCUCAAGCCUGGCUAGACUUCAUGAUGAGGUUUGAGCUGGGAUUGGAGAAACCAGAUCCGAAAAGAGCCCUGCAGAGCGCUUUCACUAUUGCGCUAUCUUACGUGAUCGGUGGAUUGGUCCCUCUCCUGCCCUACAUGUUCAUCUCCACAGCCCAGAAUGCCAUGCUCAUAUCUGUUGGAGUCACAUUGGUUGCACUACUUUUCUUUGGCUACAUCAAGGGUCGCUUUACUGGGAACCGCCCAUUCAUCAGCGCUGUCCAGACUGCUAUUAUUGGUGCUCUUGCUUCAGCCGCAGCAUACGGGAUAGCGAAGGCCGUUCAAGCUAGAUAGUUGUUGGAGGCCUCGAGCAUUUGGUAACCGAAGUUUCAGUAGGCUGCAAUAAAUUAAGCAAAGUUGUAAUUCUGCUCCUUCAAAACAUCUCAUUACGUUGUCCAAUUGCAGAUAAAGCUUAUCUACUCUACCUUUCGUUCA